UCGCUACGCGCAGCAACGCCGGCCCCUCGCGGCCAGGAGCCCUCCUUGGCGCUUCCAUCACCCGACCCACUCGACACUACAUCACCAGGGGCUAACCGCCACGGACGCCGGCGUUCGCACACAGGGCUCGCCGGAUAAAAGAGAUGGAAAUCGUGCCCGAAGGGAAAAACUUUCGAUUGGUUUCAGAAGACGAGCUCCCAGCUGUGGCCGAUAUCUUAGUGCAGUAUAUGCCUGAAUCUUUAAAGUUUCAUCAAACGAUUCAAACAUAUCUAAACAACAAGGUGUGGGACUUCCAUUUUUAUGUAGCGAAGAAUUGGCCCGAGGAUCCGAUCUGUCUACACUUCCCCGGCUGUACUAGUACGCCGAACCAAACUACAUACGAGAGCGUGACAGUGUUCUGUCCAUCGGAGCGCGCUGAGCUGGUGGACCUGCUGACGUCAGAGGACAUACUCCUCGACCUCACGCAGCCGUUGUACCUGAACUUCACUCACGAGGCUAUCGUGAACCGCUUCGAGAGGCACUAUGAGGCCCACGACAAGAUUACUGGUGACGUCUACGUCUGUGAUAACCCACCUCAAGACGACAGUACUGAUGGAUUGCCACCGGACGUGGAGUUAGUUCGCUUGCAACCCGAGCACAUGAAGGCGGUCCACGACCUCUACCCGGCGAGCGAUAUAGAAUGCCGCGAAGUAUUCGAGAAGCUGGUCGCCGAACUGCCCGCCUACGGCAUCUUCGUGGAAGGGAAGCUCGCCGCUUGGAUGGUCCAGUCCUACUACGGCGCUAUGUUCUCCAUGCAAACUAGGCCCGAGUUCCGCAGGAAAGGCUACGGCAUCUACCUCGCCCGGCGCCUGACCAAGGAGGUGGCGGCCCGCGGCUACAAGCCCUUCGUGGUGAUUCGUCCGGAGAACGAGGCGUCGCGGUCGCUGUACACGAAGCUCGGCUUCGAGAAGCGUUUCCGAACGGUGCGCGCCGUCUUGCGUCCCCGCUAACGCGUUAACGUUGAUCACUAGCAGAUUUUAUUUUUUUAAGACUUUUGAAUAAAAUCAAUUUAGCUUGCGAUCUUUGAUCGUCUAGAGAAUUUUAGUAGUAGCUUUAAGAUGGGGCGGCUAGUGCUCUCGGUCCGACCCGAGUCGAUACGACAGGUAUUAGCUCCGUUACUGCGCUUGUACAAGCCAACAUUCGCCGUAGUCUUGCCCUAAUCAAACAAAUUAAAGGGCUUCUACGGUACGACCCGGUUCUCUGUGCAAGCGCUCUUAGACUUCUAUACAUAGGGCCUGUGCGAUAUUUUUCUGCCGUUAGCAUUUUUAAUCUCCUAGUAUCUACUUCUUGAUAUUGACAACGAAUGGCUUUCUUGUUGGUCGUUUCAUACAAGUCUGCCUACAUUUUGAUACGUACCUAUAUAGCUAAUGCCUCAUCACGCUUCCAGUCAGAUUCGAGAGCUGUAGCCGUUUGCUGCGUUCUCUAGCGCUAGCCUAGUUACUGAUCUCAACAAUACUAGCGUUUACCAUUACUUGGAACCCUAACAUUUGACGAUCUAUAGAACCCACGUCACGCGGCCUCUACACCAUACAUACAACCAAUAUUUACCACUAUUUUGGUUGACACUAAAAAGAUCUUUCUUAACAUUCCAUGCAUAGUACCUAUAUUAAAAAUAUUGAGACCAAAAAUAAAUCUGGUUUUGUUUUGACGUGGGUUUUCGUAUCCUAUCGAUGUUUUUGGGGUUCAAAGAUUUGUGAAUAUGAUUACUCUACUCAUUUAGGCGAACGCUUCAUUACCACUCGUUGAUCGAGCGGAAACUAUUCUGUCUCAUGGUUUAUAAAAUUUUUGGGACCCGUUAUGAUCUGUGUGAUAAAAAAGUUAGCAUUAACAUUGCGUUACUUGAAAAUGUAAAAAGUUCAUGAGAAAGAAAGGUUGCCGUCGUUGCACCCAGUUUGCACAAUUCGAAAAGUUUAAUCAAGCACCUUUUAAAUGACAAACGCGAAGAAAAUUAAAAAUGUAUUAAAAAAGACAAAAAAAACGUUAAAAAUAUUGAACAUUUUAUUUCAUAACGUAAAAUAAUGAAGAAGCGGAUCUGUAUUAAGCAAUGGGAGGAAAUGACGAUUAUUUUAAUUUAAUUUUUAAGUUUUAAAAAUGUGAUUUUGCAAAAUAAUCAUAAACAAUAAAUAAACUUGUUGUCUAGAUAUUUUCAUAAAUGUAGAAAGUAAAGAAUAAACUGUGACUAGUUUUCAGUUAGUAUUAUAUUAGUUUUUAUAGCAAACAAGUUUUUAUAAAUCAAGUACAUGAAAAGAAUCAUUUAAAAUUUGAUACGAAACGUAGAUAGGUAGGUAUUUUAAUACGGGAAUGUAUUUUAUGAUUGUAUCGACGUAUCUAAUGAAAAACGUUUGCUAUUCUUAUGUAUACCUGAAUAUUAAUUAGAAUUAUUAAGUUAAUCAUCGAUUUAUUAAGUACCUAAUUAUGGAUAUUAUUGUGUGAUAUGAUAAUAUUUAUUGCUUUUUGAAUAUUUUUAUUAAUUUGGCCAAUUUGUAGUAGGUAUUUAUUCUGUCUUCCUAGACAUUAUAAUAAGUAUGAUGAACAACUCUUAUGACAAAAGCGGGUAGUGUAAAAGGACUCGUUAUGAAUAAAAUAUGAAUUCCUUUUUAUUUUACUGCUAGUCAGAAAAUGCUACUGUAGCUAUUUUUUUAUUUUGAAACGGCAACACUGACUACACUGUUUAAAAUAUUGGCAAAGGCCUGAAAUUGUUAAAUUAAGUAUUGCUCAAUAAUUGGAGCUUCCGAUUAUUAAAUUCACUAAAAACAAUUGCCAAAUUAUUGAUUGUGUAUUGUUCUUGCAUUUUAGUGUAAUGUUUAUUUGUUAAAUAAAUUGUGCUUGUCUUUGUUUGUGUCAAACUUAUAAACUGGAUGAUAGAAAAUGAAUUUGAUAUUACCUAAGUACUAUGCAUUGUUUUGUCAUCAACUAACAAUAUAUUUUUCUUAUAAACAGGUGGUAUACAACAGUCAAUUGUGGAGAGUUCAACUGUUUAUCUGAAAACGUACACUCAUACCAUGCAAUCAUGCUAAAAGCUUUCCUACAUAAAAGUAGGUACAUGUCGAAUAAGUAGAUCGAGAUUUCUUGAAAUUAUUAAUUGUAAGUACAUUUUCUCUGAACACUCCCUUACCUACUUACUUA